CGAAGCCCGGUCUCCGGGUAAGAUGGCAGCGGACGGACAGUGCUCGCUCCCCGCUUCAUGGCGGCCGGUCACCCUCACCCACGUCGAGUAUCCUGCAGGUGAUCUCUCUGGCCACCUCCUUGCCUACCUGAGCCUCAGCCCCAUAUUUGUCAUUGUCGGUUUCGUGACCCUCAUCAUAUUCAAGCGGGAGCUGCACACGAUCUCAUUCCUCGGGGGCCUGGCAGUGAACGAGGGGGUCAACUGGCUGAUCAAACACGUCAUCCAGGAGCCGCGGCCCUGUGGAGGUCCCCACACGGCAGUGGGCACCAAGUACGGGAUGCCCUCCAGUCACUCCCAGUUUAUGUGGUUUUUCUCCGUCUAUUCCUUCCUUUUCCUGUAUUUAAGAAUGCACCAGACGAACAAUGCGAGGUUCCUGGACUUGCUGUGGAGGCACGUGCUCUCCCUGGGUCUCCUUACCGCCGCCUUUCUAGUCUCCUACAGCAGGGUCUACCUGCUCUAUCACACCUGGAGCCAGGUGCUCUAUGGGGGCGUCGCUGGAAGCCUUAUGGCCAUCGCUUGGUUCGCCUUCACCCAGGAGGUCCUCACCCCUCUGUUCCCCAGGAUAGCGUCCUGGCCUAUCUCUGAGUUCUUCCUAAUUCGAGAUACAAGCCUCAUUCCCAACGUACUCUGGUUUGAGUACACAGUGACCCGGGCAGAAGCCAGGAACAGACAACGCAAGCUGGGCACGAAGCUGCAGUGACUGGUGAGUGUGGCUGGGCCCAGCCUCCCGGUGUGGCCUGCUCGAUGCCUUGCAGGAUGGACAGAAUGACCGAGGGAUGAAGCAGAGACCUCUACAGACCCACGUCACCGAGUGGACCUUUUUUUUUUUCUUAUUUUAAUUUUAAUGAACAAGGUGGUGCCUCAGCCAGGACCCUGGAGGGGCUGCUGCCGGGGGCCACACGGCCAGAGACGUGCACUGCCAGCUCCGGGCCGAGCGGAAGUGCUCCUGGUGUGGGUACCGGGGUGUGGGGUAGAGGCGGAGGACUUGCACCUGCGCUCGCAGGGCCAGGAGACCCAGGUGGCGUGACAAAUGCACACUAUUUAUUUUUGGGUUUUGUUAAUGGCAGACACGAUUUUGGAGCUGGGGUGGAAGAGCCUGCUGUGUGGUGGCUGCCCCAAGCAGAGGGGCCCAGGCCCUUUGCCCCGAGCCCAGGAGGCAGACUGCUACUU